GCAAGAGAUCAUAUUCUCUUAAGAAAAAUGGGUACCAUGAAACUCUCUUCUUUGAUGCUAUGCUUGUUGCUAGCAUUCGUGCAUGGUGCCACAGCAGAACAGUGUGGUAACCAAGCUGGUGGAGCACUGUGCCCAAAUGGGUUAUGUUGCAGCAAAUUUGGGUGGUGUGGUGACACAGAUUCUUAUUGCGGAGAAGGUUGCCAGAGUCAGUGUAAAUCUGGACCCAAACCUACACCUACACCCUCAACUCCAACACCUAGCACCGGUGGUGACAUCACCACACUCAUUAGCUCUUCUCUCUUCGAUCAAAUGCUUAAAUACAGAAACGAUGGACGCUGCGCUGGGCGCGGAUUCUACACUUAUAACGCUUUCAUUGCCGCUGCUCGCUCUUUCAGUGGCUUUGGCACAACCGGUGAUGACAACACUCGCAAGAAAGAGAUUGCUGCUUUCUUGGCCCAAACUUCUCACGAAACCACAGGAGGGUGGCCGAGUGCACCAGAUGGUCCAUACGCGUGGGGUUACUGUUUUAUCAAUGAACAAAACCAGGGUGUUUAUUGUGACGGUGGAGGAUGGCCAUGUGCUGCUGGUAAAAAGUAUUAUGGACGAGGACCAAUUCAACUCACACACAACUACAACUAUGGACAAGCGGGUAGCGCACUAAAUCUAGAUUUGACAAACAAUCCGGAUCUAGUGGCCACAGAUGCAACUGUGUCUUUCAAAACAGCCCUGUGGUUUUGGAUGACUGCACAAUCAAACAAGCCAUCAAGCCAUGCUGUGAUCACCGGAAGAUGGACACCGUCUAGUGCAGACACUUCAGCGGGUCGGGUUCCCGGGUUCGGUGUGAUCACCAACAUAAUCAAUGGCGGGAUUGAAUGCGGGCAUGGGCAGGAUGAUCGGGUCCAAAGUCGGAUCGGGUUCUACCAAAGGUACUGUCAACUGAUGGGAAUAAACACCGGUGGCAACUUAGAUUGUAACGGCCAAAGGCCAUUUGCUUAAGCAAAUGGUUUAUAUAGAGCAUAUGUUGCGUGUAAUAAUGGACUUGGAAUGAUCUACAUGUAAGGGGAACCUUAUUGCUAAAUAAGUUCCCAUCAUCUUGAUUAAAUAAAAAUGUUUAGUUUUAUCAUAUUUUAUCAUAAAAA